UGUUGUGUGUGAGAGAAAGAGAAAGAGAGAGAGAGAGAAGCAGCAUUACUGAGGCUGUCUGAAUCUGUUCACAAUGACGUGGGAUAAUGCAGGGAGGCAGCCCCCCUCGAACGAUGGUUAGGACCUGGUCGGCUAAACCAGCAGCUCAGCAUCAUCUGUACGAGGACUCCAGCUGAAUGGGCCUGCACCACUUGGGACAGGUGAUGGGGCAGGUGCUGGGGUUUGGACACUGCAAAGAAUCUGCCUCGACUGUCUCCACCACUCCAGAUUCCACCCCGUCCUCUACUGAAGUGGAAUAUUCAGGGGUUUUCCCUGCUUUCCGGCCUGCCCAGGUGCCAGUGAGGACUUCUUGGAACCCCAAACCGCACAGGAGCAUUCCGAUGAUGAUCUGCCGACAGACAGCUCCCUAUACUGGGGGACACCCCGACAGAUGUCCCUGGAGUCCAUGCUGUCCUGCGGAACUCCUCUGGGCCAGCAGCCAUCCUGCUUUCCGGGGGGGUUCCCAAGCAGUGGUUCCCCAGAGCUGCCAGCGAGAGGUUUGGAAGAGGUCACCCAUGGCCCGGGAAGGAAGAGACCCUCAAAAUGUGACACAGCCCAGACAACAAAAGAGAAAUGUUCUGUGCCGAGGGGGGUGGUACGCACUGAGACAAUUGAGACCUUUCUAGCGGAGGAAGAGGAUGAGCUGGAGGCCUAUCACGUUCACGCUGAAGUGGCUGGCGGACAUUGGCACAGCAUGGAGCAGGAGAUAGUGCCAGAGCCCAGGGACAGCACUGACGGGCAUCCCUUGCAAUUUAGCUCAGAGAUCUCUGUUUUGGAAAGCAUCCCAAUCCAUCAGGAUCCUGAGGAGGACAUGGCAUCAGAAUUGAGACUUGAACUGGAGCCUGAGGAAGAGGGGCAAUUGCAGGGCAGCCCAGAGCUUGGGAUCCUCCCGAUGGAACAAUCCAGAAGCCAAAAGGAUGCAGAGGUAUUUGAAGCACGUGCCAUGGAGGUGGAGACGGAUAGCGGAAGGUGGGCAGAGGACCUUUAUUCUGACCAGACCGAGCUCGCUCAGCAACAGGAGGCACCACUGAGCAGCAAACCUGGUGUGGGGACAGUGACUGAAGAAGAGGGCACAUCUUCAGCCUCCUCCCUACAGCCUGUCACAGAAGCCGAGAAUAUGGUGGUUGAGCUGGAAGUGAUCGGAGCAGCAGGAGUUGAGAUAGCGACAGAAACAAUAAAGGUGAAGAGCUUGAUGGACGUGGUUGAAACAGUUGGCUCAAGAGAUGGGCUGGAGCCUGUGGAAGUGGUGGGCACCGUAGAAGCUCUGUUACCAGGAGCAUGUGACUGCAGCGUUUACACAGAUGAUACCAUUGCCUGCCAACACUCACUCACCCCAGUCACAGUGCCAAGUGUGAAUGAAACUCAGGAAGUGACCGAUGAGGAGAUGCGGGCAGACAAUUGGCAGUCACCAUGGCAACCCAGUGCCUUCGAACAAUCAGAUCAUCCCAAAUCAAAAGGUUUGGAGGCAGUAGACCAAUCAGUGACUGACCUUCUGUACUGGGAGGAUGUUAAGAAGACGGGCACCAUGUUCGGUGCCAUUAUCCUCAUCUUGUUCUCCCUCACCCAGUUCAGUGGUAUCAGCGUGCUGGCAUACCUGACACUGUCUGUCCUCUCAGUCACCAUCAGCCUCCGACUUUACACGUCUGCUCUUCAUCUGAUCUACAAAACCCAGGAGGUCCACCCAUUCCAGGUCUAUCUCGAUUUGGACAUCGCUCUGUCCCAGGAACAGAUGCGGAAAUACUUGGAAGUGACAGUGCUUUAUGUGACCAGCGCCAUUUCAAACCUUCGCCGGUUGUUCCUGGUCGGAGACCUGCUGGAUUCACUGAAGUUCGGAGUGCUGCUGUGGUUGAUGACAUAUGUUGGAGCCAUAUUUAACGGCCUGACCCUCACUAUUCUGGCAACAGUUGCCGUCUUCAUUGUUCCUUUGGUGUAUCGGAAACACAAGGUUCACAUCAAUCAGUACCUGGGGCUGGUGAGAGGACAGAUCAAGGAAUUCACAGCAAAGAUCCAGGCCAAGCUCCCAGGAUCCAAACCCAAAGCUGAAUGAGAAAAUCAAGAGGCGAACCCACAGUCACUGAGCAAACUCCUGGACCCAACAAUGCAAUUAAUCUUUAUAAUCGACAGUCUUAACCGCCCACAAAUCAGAGCACAGGGACCGAACAUCUCUUUAAAAGGCUACAUAUGUCGCUUGGUCCAAGGGGCAGCCUUUCAGAUUAAGUUAUCUUUUAAUGCAGGACACAAUCCUACUCCACCCAGCUGGCCUCUUCACAACAGCGAUACCUCACAGGAGCCUGGAUGGAAUGUGAACAUGGCUUUAUUAGUUAACAAAUUCAGAAUUUAGCCUAAGGGGGCCUAUGGAUCUAGAGAACGGGAGGGAUGGUAAUGUAAGUAGGCCAGGCCUUGUGAGUGAAGGGAGUUAAGAGUUCAGAGAGGGAGUUAUACAUCGAAAAGCAGAGACAGGAGCUGUAGACAAAAAAAAGCAAAAGAACUAGGGUCUCUGCUGUUCAAUAUGAUUAUAGCUUAUUUUCUACCUCAGCUUCACUUUCCCACCCACUUCCCUCCUCCCUCUAUUUCUAUAAGAGGCCUUAUUUAUACUAGAUAUUGGAGCAUCCUUAAGCCUCUGAGGUACAGUGUUAGGUGACAUCUUUAGGUAGAGGGCGGUUAAAGUAUAGAAUUGUAGGAUGAGGGGAUCCGGCAGAAGGGGUUCAGGGUGUAGAGGUGAAAAUGCUCCCUCAGAGGCACUGAGUCACCACACAUGGAAUUAUCAUUUACAGCCGUGGUUUGAAAGGUUCAAGAUUUACACAAAACCUCUCAGUUUGAAAACUUCUGAUCCCUUUUAUUUCUUUGACAGAAUUUGGGUAUCCGACAAGGUCACCAUUUGUGACCUACCCCAGCUAUGAUGGUGACUGCUGCUGUGGGGGAUUUGGAGCCACAUGUAGGGCAGACCAGGUGAGGGUGGGCGGAUUUCCUCUGCUUAAAGGGACAUUAAUGAACUGGCUGGAUUUUCACAACCAUCAAAAGCUGCUCACUAGGACUCGCUUUCAGUUGGGAUUUCAACCCACACCCCCAAACCCUUCUACUGUGCUACUGGAUUGCUAGACCAGGGAUCAUCCCACUAUGCCGGCCUCUCUCCUUAAGAGCUUUAUGUUUCUGUAUGGAUAACCUUUGAGGGGGGCUUUGGCUGUGAGACCCUUCAUAUCUGAUGUCUUGCUGUCAUGGUCAAACUUGAGAAACAGCCACGUGAAUAAGUCCACCCAAUGCUCAUGGAAACACCAACCCUCAAAAUGUGACAACUGUGAGAGAUGAGACUGUGGGGCGAAAAAGCCUGUAUAUAUUUUUUUCAAUGGUGCUUGCUGCAUAUCAACUAAAGCAUCAAAAAUUAUGAUAUAUUCCAAAUGCUACAUCUGCAUGCAAUUCCCAUUAACUUUUCUUUCUACUAUUGUGAAGUUCAUGUCUCAAAGUCUCGGUAAACGAUGAGACACUGUGAUAGCAUCCUUCCCCCAGUGGUGGUCCCUGCAGGCCUGGUAGGAGGUUGGGAUUAUAACAGGGGAAAGGUCCCAGCUGUGGGUGGCAGCACAAGGCAAGUGACGGUGGGCAGACUAUCCAUCAUAUACCAUCAAACUACAAUCCAGCAAUUAGCCAGGAAUGUGAUAGGAGCCAGUUCAUGCCUGUCUCUUGUUGUGCUGCCAGCUAUUGUUAAAUAUCAUGCUCAGCAAUAUUCUUGAAAAAUACAGAGUUAGGAACUUAUAAUAGGAAUUUAACAGUUGGAAAUGAAUUUACAGAAGGAAAUAAAUUACACUCCACAAGCUCUGGUCCUGUAAACCCCACCUGUAUAUCUUAUGAGAACAUAAACUGACAUUGUGCAUAUACUUCUAAGUUAAACAGUGAUUUACAUCAGUAUUCUGCACUUUUUAAAAGUCAUUCACAGGCUGAGGGCAGCACUGACCAGGCCAGCAUUUAUUUCCCAUCCCUAAUUGACCAGAAGGCAGUUAAAAGUCAACCACAAUUAUGUGGGUCUGGGGUCACACGUUGGCCAGACCAGAUAAGUCAUGAUGUGGAAGUGCCAGUGUUGGACCGGGGUGGACAAGGAAAUCACACAACACCAGGUUACAGCCCAACAGGUUUAUUUGAAAACACCUGACGAAGGGAUAUGCUCCGAAAACUUGUGUUUUCAAAUAAACCUGUUGGACUGUAACCUGGUGUCAUGUGAUUUAGAUCCUAGACCAGGUAAGGAUGGCAGUUUCCUCCCCUAAAGGACAAAAGAGACCCACAAGUUUUUUUCCUGACAAUCAAUUCACAGUCAUCUUUGACCUCCUAAUUUCAGAUUUUUAUUAAAUUCACAUUCCACCAUCUGCUGUGGCAGGAUUUAUACCCAGGUCCCCAGGCCAUUUCCUGGGUUUCUGGAUUACAACAGAUCAGCGAUAACACCACCAGACAGUCCAUCAUCUCCCCUGAUUGCUGCUUCCAGUGUAGUCAGCCCUCCUGUGGGGAGACCAAACAAAAAUGAGGUGACCAUUCAGCAGAACACUUUGGUUCGGUCAGCAAACAUGACCAAGUAUCCAGACUCUUGUCAUUGGAACACUCACUUUGUUCUCACCUCGACCUCGGCUUGCUGGAGUGUCUCAGUGAAGUUCAAUGCAAAUUCAUGAAACAGCAUCUAAUUUUUCAGUUGUUUACUUCAGAGCCUUCUGAACUCAACAAUGAGAUUAUUAAUAUCUGGCCAUAAUCUCCUCAUCGCCAUUCUGUCUCCUUUUCUUUGUGUGAACUGGUUUUGCUUGUUUUUUAGCUUUCAAAGGAUGCCUGAUCUAGCCACUUCUUUUGUUUACUUUAUUUCCACCCUCAGGUCUGCAAUGACUGAUUUUUCUGACAUUUAAUCUCUCCUGUCUUUCAUUUAUUCACAGACCAUUCUCUUACAGCUAGCCUGUUCUUGAACUAUCAAAUCUCGAAUACUUUAUUAUACUGACAAAACAUUAACUGUCUUUUCUGCUUAAGUAUUUCCAUUAUUUUCUGUCUUUUUUACCAAUUCCCAGCAGCAUUUUGCUCUUUCAACAUAAUCAAAAAGUUAAAACAUUCAAAAGACACUUAGAUAACUACAUGAAUGAGAAAUGUUUGAAAGGAUAUGCGCCAAACACAGGGAGAUGGGACUACCUGAGUUUGGGAUUAUGGUCAGCAUGGAAUGGAAUAGAAUGGCCUGUUCCCAUGCUUUUUGACUCUAUUAUUGACAAGUUAAAAAGUACUGCUGUGAGGACUUUUGGCUUGUGUCCAGAUCAGAAUAUAACAUAAAGAAAUUUGAUCCUUCGCAACACACAAGGCUGAUGAAAGAAUUUUAUGUUACUUGUGCAUCACAAUGGAAGGCAGUGAUGCAGUGGUAAUGUUGCUGGUCCAGUAACUCUGACGCCCAGGUAAAUGCAGUGGAGACAUGGGUUCCAAUCUAACCAUUGAGUGGGUGGAAUUUAAAUCUGAAUCAUAAAUCAGAAAUUAAAAUUGUAGCCAUAGUGACUGUGAAACUAUUGUCAAUUUAUUGUAAAGCUAUCUAAUGCUCCUAAAGGGAAAUCUGCAGUCCGUAUCUGGUCUGGCUUACAUGUGACUCCAGUCACCACAGCAAUUUGGUUGGCUCUUAACUGCCCUCUGAAAUGCCCAAAUAAGACAUUCAAUGCAAAGGCACUUGGGAACGGGUAAUAAAUGCUGGAUUUGCCAGUGUGAAAGAAUAAAGGGGAGCAAAAUGAUCUCCUUUGAGAUUUCUCUGGAUUACUCCAGUGGUCACAAUUAAAUGUUUUCCAAAAGCUUGUAAGCCCAGUGAAUGCUGACACCAGCACAACAGACUGACACAUGCACUAAAUCUCAACUACAAUCUGACUGCUGGGGUGGCUCAGUUUAGUAAUGCACCUACCUCUUUGUGAGACUGUCUCCCAACUGCAGAGUAUUUGGACAUUACCACACCAAUGUUGCUACACACAAAUUAGUCACUGUGUUUCUGACAUCUUACAAGAUGCAAAGUGGGCUACAGUGCAGUGGCAGUGUCCCCAUCUCCAGGUAAAGAGACCCAAGUUCAAAAGGUGUGAAAUAAGAAUCUGUGAACAGAUUGAUUAGAAAAUCAUUACAAGAUGCAAAGUGCAGUGGGAUGUCCUGCAAUAAUAAAACUUGCUACAUCAAUGCAUUGUUUUUUCUAUUUGGAAGAUACCUUUUUCUGAAUAAAAUUGUGGCUAACAAUAUCUCACACUGACUAAGAGGGAGGUUCAGUUUUUCUCUGAUGGUUUCAACCUCACUGCCUCUCACUCUGCAGAUCCUUUGCAGCAGCUUUAGGAACGGAGGUGAGGAGGAAAUCUAUUUUGAAAUGUGUCACUUUUGAUCACAGUGGGGUGUUGCUAGCCAAUUCACUGGGCCCUGUGCUCUAUUGAUCAAGUCUGAAUUUGUAAGAGAACCGAUACCUGCAUCUGAAACAGUACAAUAAAAGAGGUUUUCCUCAACAA